CGGGAGAGGAGCGGCCCCCCGGGCCGCGAUGACGGCCAGGGAGGCCGGCCCGCGGCCCGGGGCCGGGGCCCGGUCGGUCCAGAGGGCCUCCACCGUCGACGUGGACAUGCUGGGCCUGACUCUGACGGGGAACGUGCGGGAUCCCGACGAGCCGGUCUUGGAGUUCAGCUUGGCCUGCAGCGAGCUGCACGCCCCGGCCCUGGAUCGGAAGCCGAACAGUUUCGUGACGGUCAGCGUCACGACCCCUCCCCAGGCCUUCUGGACCAAGCACGCUCAGACCGAGAUCAUCGAGGGGACCAACAACCCGAUAUUCCUCAGCAGCGUCGCCUUCUUUCCCGACUCCUCCGUCAGUCGGAAUCCCAGGUUCAAGCUCUCCGUGUACGACGUCAAGGACAGAUCUCAGGGAACAAUGUACCUGCUGGGGUCCGCCACCUUCACCGUCAAGGACCUGGUCGAGGAGCAGAAUCACCGGCUGCGCCUGGACCUCAGGUCGGCGGAGGGCGACCGGGUCGGAAACGUCACCGUGGUCGGCUGGCAGACGGACGAGAAAUCCGACCCGCCGCCGCCGCCUCCGGCCACGAGGUCCCCGGACACCGUCAACGGGCGGACGGUGCUCCCGGUCGACGAGAGCCUGACGGAGGCCGUGGGGAUCCGAUCCAAGUACGCCUCGUUGCGGAAGGACGCGUUGCUCCGCUCGGCGUUCGGAGGCGCCGUCUCCCGGCUCUACCGCUUCCCGACGACCGACGGCAACCACCUGAGGAUCCUGGAGCAGAUGGCCGAGAGCGUGCUGUCCCUCCACGUCCCCCGCCAGCUGGUGAAGCUCCUGCUAGAGGAGGACGCGGCCAGGGUCUGCGAGCUGGAAGAGCUGGGAGAGCUGUCCCCGUGCUGGGAGGGCCUGCGGAGGCAGAUAGUCGCCCAGUACCAGACCGUCAUUCUCACCUAUCAGGAGAACCUCACCGACCUCCACCAGUACAAAGGCCCGUCCUUCAAAGCGAGCAGCCUGAAAGCCGAUAAGAAGUUGGAAUUCGUCUCCACCAACUUGCACAUCCAGAGGAUGCGAGUGCAAGACGACGCCGGAUCAGACGAGAACUACGACAUCGUGACGAUAGGCGCCCCCGCCGCCCACUGCCAAGGAUUCAAGUCGGGGGGGCUGAGGAAGAGGCUGCACAAGUUCGAGGAGGCGAAGAAGCGCCCGCCGUCCGCCUCGCAGUCCGUCAUCUACGUCCCCCAGGACGUCGCCCGGGCCAGGGAGAUCAUCGCCCAGAUCGACACCCUGAAGACGCAAGUCAGUUACUACGCCGAGAGGCUGUCCAGGGCCGCCAAGGACCGGUCGGCCAACGGGCUGGAGAGGACCCUGGCCAUCCUAGCCGACAAGACGAGGCAGCUCGUCACGGUCUGCGACUGCAAGCUCCUGGCCAGCUCCAUCCACGGGCUGAAGGCCGCGCGGCCCGACUACGUCGCCUCCGAGGCCUCGCCCACCUCGGGGGACGGCGAGCGGGUCACGCUGAGGAACGACCGGACACGCUGGCGGCGAGCGUGGACGGGGAGGAACAGCCGGUCGUCGCCGCAGGCCGACCGGCACGAGGAGGAGUGGGAGAAGGUCUGGCUGAACGUGGACAAGAGCCUGGACUGCGUCAUCCAGAGAGUGGACAAGCUCCUGCUCCGCGAGCGGCCGCCGCCCGGCCAGGCCCGCGACGACGUCCCCCGCCCGGACGCCGGCUGCCCCGCCAAGAAAGGCGAAUGGAGCGAGGCCCUGUACCCGCUGCUGACGACGCUGACGGACUGCGUGGCCAUGAUGAGCGACAGGGCCAAGAAAGCCAUGGUCUUCCUGCUGAUGCAGGACAGCGCCCCGACCAUAGCCGCUCACCUCAGCCUCCAGUACCGCAGGGACGUCGUCUUCUGCCAGACGCUGACGGCCCUCGUCUGCGGCUUCGUCGUCAAGCUGCGGACCCGCCUCCGCGAGGACGGCUUCCUGCGGCAGCUCUACACCAUCGGCCUCCUGGCCCAGUUCGAGAGCCUCCUGAGCACGUACGGGGAGGAGCUGGCCAUGCUGGAGGAACAUGAGCCUGGGCAUCGCGGACCUGAGGAACGUGACUUCAAGGUGACGCAGGCCGCCUCCGCCGCCUCCGCCGACAUGCUGCCCGUCAUCACGGGAAACCGCGACGGCUUCAACGUGCGCGUCCCGCUGCCCGGCGGCCUCUUCGACGUCCUGCCCCGCGAGAUCCAGAGCGGCAUGCUGCUCAGGGUCCAGCCCGUCCUCUUCAACGUGGGCAUCAACGAGCAGCAGACCCUCGCCGAGAAGUUCGGCGACACGUCCCUGCAGGAGGCGAUCAACGUGGAGAGUCUGGUGCGCCUCAAUUCCUACUUCGAGCAGUUCAAGGAAGUGCUGCCGGAAGACUGUCUGCCUCGCUCUCGGAGUCAGACCUGCCUGCCCGAGCUGCUGCGUUUCUUGGGGCAGAACGUGCACGCCCGGAAGAACAAGAACGUGGACAUCCUGUGGCAGGCCGCCGAGGUACGCGGCGGGGAGGGGCGGGGGACGGCGGGGGCCGGGGCCCCGCGUGCGACGACGAGAACGUCGGCGUCGGCCAGGCGCUCACUACGUGCACCGUCCCGAGCGCCGGGGGAGCUCCGGGGUCGUCGGGUCGUCCCGCGUGAGGCUCUUUCUGAAUCCCCGUCGGACGGGCGAGGGAACCGAGGCCCGCGGUCACCCGGCCGCUCCCCCCGGAGACACGGCCUGGCGCCCGGGACGGCGGCCCGCCCCCCCCCGCCCCCCGGUCGGGGUCCGCUGCGGGAACGUCCCCCUUCCCGGGCCGACGCGGACCCCCGAGGGAGAGGAGGGGACCGGGCCGCGGACGAGCGACGGCCGGGGCCGGAGGACCGAGGGGGCGGCGCUCGGGACGGCGAUACCGACGACCACGGCGGUAUCGGGGAAGCCGCCUACUGGACGUGCUCUCGGCCCAUAAUGAGCUUACAGUCCAGAGAACCCGGGGGCUUCUCUAAUAACGGUGAUGACGACGAUGAUGUCGGCGUCCGUCAGGCGCUAACUGUGCGCAAGGCACCGUUCCGGGGCGGGACGGGGUGA